CCCUCCUUUCCAUAUAGACGUAGCUUACGUUAGGCAUCAAAUACUCUGUAAUGUAUCGUAAAUAGUGCGUGUUUGCAGAGGAUAGUGGAUGCAUAUUCAAUAAUGCGAUGAGGCCAAUGCACUUUGCAAGACUUGUGCUGCAGAGAGCCUCCGCAGAUCCCACGACCUGUUGCUGAAUCCGGGAGGAGAGAGAAGAGGCGCUUAAGAAGGAUAGUACUGCCUUGGACACGAGAGCCGGUGGUUUCUUCGCUGAGGAAAUCAUGCAGUUUGCAAUCUGGCUGGUUGGACUAAUGUGUCAUCUGUCAGCACUUGUCCGCAACUCCUUGGAAUAUCGAUUGCAUCCGAAACAAGAAAGUUUCAUCAAACAGUUGUCAUCCUAUGAAAUUAUCACCCCGUUGCGGAUAAAUGAUUUCGGAGAAUCAUUCCCCCACAAAUUGCACUACAAAAGGAAACGGAGAAGUGUAAAUGCAGAUUAUUCGGCUGGUUUACGUGCUCACUACAGAAUUGACGCAUUCGGACAACGCUUUCAUCUCAAUCUAACCGCCGACUCCGGUUUUAUCGCCCCCACAUACACUGUGACACAUUUGGGAGCGGAACACAGCAAUGCAACCGAGUCCCGCCAACAAGACCUCAGCGAUAUGCGUCACUGCUUUUUCCGCGGACACAUCAACGCCAAGAUUGAAUCUACCGCUGUCUUCAGUCUAUGCAGUGGCCUUAUGGGAACUUUUACCACCCAGCAUGGUGAAUACUUCUUAGAGCCCCUGAUGAAGGCGGAGGAGGGGGAGGAGUACGACGAGGAGCACAACAAACCUCACCUCGUCUACAGACAGGACAGGAAGAGGAGAGAGAGUCCUGCCAGUGAACCCACACAACCCUGCUCAGCUUCAGGGGAAGGAUCGGAAAGGCCAGUUGUCAAUUUUCAGAGCAACAGGAGUAUGGUAGAAGAGCUGGAUUCCCUGAGAGACAGAAUGGGCAUCCACCACACAGGCUACGAGAUAGACCGCCACUCCACCACCUCCAACUCCUCAGACCCCCGUCAUAGAGCCCCGUCCAGGCAGAAGAGGUUCCUCUCGUACCCCCGCUACGUGGAACUGAUGCUGACUGCUGACGUCAAGAUGGCGCGCCACCACGGACACAACCUCGAGCACUACAUCCUAACAAUCAUGUCAGUAGUUGCUGCGGUCUACAGGGACCCUAGUGUAGGAAACCUCAUCAACAUCAUGAUUGUCAAGCUGGUUGUCAUCCACAAUGAACAGGAUGGACCCUCAAUAAAUGUCAAUGCUGCUACUACCCUCCACAACUUCUGUGUCUGGCAACAGACUCAAAAUGUCCAGGAUGACAGUCACCCUUCCCACCAUGACACUGCACUCCUGAUCACCAGGGAAGACAUCUGCCGAGCUAAAGACAAGUGUGAUACAUUGGGGCUGGCGGAGCUGGGGACCAUGUGUGACCCGUACCGGAGCUGCUCCAUCAGCGAAGAGAACGGACUCAGCGCCUCCUUCACCAUCGCUCACGAGCUGGGCCAUGUGUUCAACAUGCCCCAUGAUGACAACCCCAAAUGCAGGGAGGCAGGCAUAAAGCACCAGUAUCACGUCAUGGCGCCCACCCUCAACUACGACACUAGUCCCUGGUCCUGGUCCAAGUGCAGCCGCAAGUACAUCACUGAGUUUCUGGACACAGGGUACGGAGAGUGCCUGUUGGACGAGCCAGUGAGCAGGACGUACGAGCUACCCAACCACCUCCCUGGUCAAAUCUACAAUGCCAACCGACAGUGUGAGCUCAUGUUUGGUCCCGGAUCCAUGGUCUGCCCUUACAUGAAACAGUGCAAGAGGCUUUGGUGUACGAGUGCUGAGGGGGGCCAUAAAGGGUGUCGGACACAGCACAUGCCCUUGGCUGAUGGGACAGACUGUGGACAUGGAAUGCACUGCAGACAUGGGAAGUGUGUGAACAAGGAGCUGGACCUGCGGCAGGUCCAUGGGGAGUGGGGCCCCUGGGGGCACUACAGUGUCUGUUCCAGGACCUGUGGAGGAGGCACCAGGAGUACCUCCAGAGACUGCAACAACCCUGAGCCCCGGAAUGGAGGAAAGUUCUGCGUGGGUCGAAGGAUGAAGUUCCGGUCCUGCAACACUGAGCCGUGUCCCCGAGGACGGAGAGACUUCCGCGAGGAGCAGUGCUCUCAGUUCGACGGCAAGCACUUCAACAUCAACGGUCUACCUCCCACCGUCCGCUGGGUGCCCAAGUACAGUGGUAUUCUAAUGAAGGAUCGGUGCAAGCUCUUCUGUCGGGUUGCUGGGACGAUGGCCUACUAUCAGCUGAAGGAUCGUGUCAUCGACGGCACGCCGUGUGGCCCAGACACCUACGAUAUCUGUGUUCAAGGCCUCUGUCGGCAAGCAGGCUGUGAUCAUGUGUUGAACUCCAAGGCGAAAAAUGACAAGUGUGGAGUGUGUGGAGGGGACAACUCCUCCUGCAAAACCCUUGCUGGGACCUUCAACGAUGCUGAGUAUGGUUACAACACAGUGGUGCGGAUCCCUGCAGGAGCCACCAACAUUGAUAUUAAACAGGUCAGCUACUCUGGGAAGUCGGAGGAUGACAACUACCUCGCUUUAUCUGACAGUCAUUCUAACUUUCUCCUGAAUGGGAACUUUGUGGUGGCCAUGUUCAAAAGGGAAAUCCCCUUCAAGGGAACCGUCAUUGAGUACAGCGGCUCAGACACCAAAGAGGAGCGCAUCAACUGCACUGAACGUGUUGAGGAGGAACUCAUCCUACAGGUCCUGUGUGUGGGGAACCUGUACAACCCAGAUGUGCGCUACUCCUUCAACAUCCCCAUCGAGGAGCACAGGGAACAGUUUGUGUGGGACCCCUCAGGCUCCUGGCUGGAUUGUAGCCGCAUGUGUCAGGGUGAACGACAGCGCAAGGCGGUAUGUGUGAGGAAGAGUGACCACCUGGGGGUUUCUGACCAGCGCUGUGAGCCUCUACCUCGUCCCAACGCUGCCACUGAGCCAUGUAACACUGACUGUAAACUCAGGUGGAAUGUAGCAGGGAAGAGUGAAUGUUCUGCUAAGUGUGGCCCUGGCUACCGGACCAUGGACGUGCAGUGUAUGAGGUACAGCUUGCUGAAGAGGCAGAGUGAGAGGGUGGAGGGGAGGGCCUGUUCUGACCUACCUAAACCCCAGGCCAGAGAGGCCUGCCACGGGGACUGUCUGCUCAAGAGCUGGCAGUACAGCGCCUGGUCCCAGUGUUCUAAGACGUGUGGUCGUGGGGCCCGCACCAGGGACUCUUACUGUAUGAACAAUUUGGGGAGGAGACUGGUGGACAGGGAGUGCAGUGACUACCAGAGAAUGAUCGCGGAGAGCUGCAACGACCAGGACUGCCCUGACUGGUCAGUCAGCGAGUGGAGUGAGUGCUUGGUGACGUGUGGGAAGGGGAUGAGACACAGGCAGGUAUCCUGUAGUGUGGGGGUAGGAGAGGAGAAUCUGAGUGAACACUUCUGUGACCCCAACACCAAGCCUCUAGCCGUGGGGAGCUGUGAGCUGCCAGAUUGUGCCUCCUGGCAGGUCGGAGUCUGGGGACCGUGUGCAGUGACGUGUGGCCAUGGUUACCAGAUGCGGGCUGUGAGGUGUGUGUCAGGGUUGUAUGGGGACAUUGUGGAUGACAGGAAGUGUAACGCAGCAUCCAGACCCAGGGACAGCCAGGACUGUGAGGUGGCACCGUGUCCCUGGGCCUCUCCUCAACACAGCACCGUCCGCCCUGACACCUCUGGUCAGCUCCUCACACAGUGGAGAUAUGGCUCCUGGACCACAUGCUCUGUCUCCUGUGGGAAGGGGAAGCGUGCCCGCUAUGUCAGCUGUCGGGACGCCCAGGGUGGAGUGGCAGACGAGUCCUACUGUGCUCAUCUGCCCCGGCCCCCAGAAUCCUCAGCCUGCUUCAGCUCGUGUGGCCAGUGGAGUUCCUGGGAGUGGUCUCCUUGUUCAGUGACGUGUGGUGUGGGCCGGGCCACCAGGCAGGUGGAAUGCAGUAACUACCACCACCAGGUGGAUGAGUCAUUCUGCGACCAGGACGAGAGGCCCAGCACAGAGCAUGAGUGUACAGCCACCCCCUGCCCCUCCGUGUACCACCAGAGGCCCAAUGACCAGCCCUACAGCCCCCACAACCCUGCCAGCCACCCGGGCCACAGCAGUUGGAACGUUCCCUCGGCAGACAACCAGUGGAGGACGGGACCCUGGGGAGGAUGCUCCAGUACGUGUGCAGGGGGCUUCCAGAGGAGGGUGGUUGUGUGUCAGGAUGCGGAGGGUCGCAGCACCAGCCACUGUGACCAGAGGGUCAAACCUGCAGAGUCCAAGAGCUGCGACUCAGGACCCUGCCCUCUGUGGAACUACGGCAUCUGGGGAGAGUGCACCCAGACGUGUGGCGGAGGCAGGAGGACGCGCCAGGUGGUGUGCGAGCGGCCCAACGGACAGAGACUCAACGACCACAACUGUGACGUCCUGGAUAAGCCUCCUGACAUGGAGCAGUGCAGCCUGUACCUGUGCCCGGGCAGCACAUCCUGGCACCGCCGACCAUGGAAGCCGUGUUCUGUGAGCUGUGGCCGGGGGACCAAGCAGCGGGAGAUAACCUGUGUUUACCAAAACCAGAACCAAACCCAAAUAGAGGAAGAGCACUGCAUUCAUCUGUCACGUCCCCGGACACAGAAGGCCUGCCGAGCCCAGGGAUGCCCCAGCUGGAAGGCCAACAGGUGGAGCAAGUGCUCUGCCACCUGUGGAGUGGGGGUCCAGAACAGAGAUGUGUACUGCAGACUGAAGGGUACAGGGCGGGUGAGAGAGGAGCUGUGUGGUUCCCACAACCGUCCGGCCGCUGCGCAGCCCUGCCAGGCUACUGAGUGUCUCCAUCACACCUGGGCAGCUGGAGAGUGGCAAGAUUGUAACGCCACCUGUGGAGAAGGUAUGAGGAACAGGAAGGUUCUGUGUGUGGGGGCCGGGCUGACCCCAGUCCAGGACACCCUCUGUGAUCCCUCGUCUUGCCCUGCCCUGCACCAGCCCUGCAGCAGAGCACCCUGCUACCACAUGUGGAUAACAGGAGAGUGGUCACAGUGCUCUGCUAGCUGUGGCGUGGGCUACCAGCAGCGUAUAGUGUCCUGCUCCAUGAAGCCCUCCUCCACCCUGCACCCUAAUGAUGCCCAGUCCUCCGCCCUGUCCCGCCCUCACUGUCCAGAGCCUCACCCACCUAGCACCAGGCAGUGCCUCCUUUGGGACUGCCCACAAGCUGCCUACUGGAAAGUUGGCCCAUGGAGCAAGUGCUCCCAGACGUGUGGAGCGGGGGUAAUGGAGCGCAGGGUAGAGUGUCUGUUCUCUAAAGGCCAACCGUCCAAACACUGCCGUCCAGCCGAGAGGCCCGAGUCACAGGCCACCUGUCGAGAGAGAGAGUGUCAGUUGUGGACAUCCUGCAGAGAAGUCCAGAUGAUACAGGGGGUGAGGAUGGAUGGGGAGUACUACCUGAAAGUCAAGUCCAGGAUACUACAGAUCUACUGUGCUGAGAUGCAGACUGAUUUCCCUAAGGAAUAUGUUACGCUGCGGAGUGGUCAGACAGACAACUACUCAGAGGUCUAUGGAUACAGGUUGCUGAAUCCUUUUGAUUGCCCCUACAACGACAGCAGAAGGCAGGACUGUGACUGCAGGAACGAUUACUCUGCAGCGGGAUACACUCUCUUCCAUAAGGUCCGUCUGGACAUCAGCUCACUGAGGAUAAUGACCACAGACCUGAAGUUUUCUCAGACCCUGUUUGGUCGUCCCGUCCCCUUCGCCACAGCAGGAGACUGCUACAGUGCUGCCAAGUGUCCUCAGGGCCAGUUUAGCAUCAACCUCAUAGGGACUGGUCUGAAGGUGGCUGAGGCAACCAAGUGGACCUCACAGGGCAACUAUGUCUCUGUCAAAGUCCACAGAUCAGAGGAUGGGGCAAGAAUCUAUGGUCGUUGUGGUGGGUUCUGUGGGAAGUGCAUUCCCCAGCCUCACAACAGCCUGCUGGUUUAUGUCCAUUGAUGGUCAGGGACCAAACCUCAACCCAACCAUCUCCCAAUGGUCUCCCAACGGUCUCUCAACGUUCUCCCAAAAUCAGACCAGGAAGUGAAACCAGAGCGUCUGGGGAUCCAAUGCACUUCAUUUGUGAAGGUUGCCAUCCCUUUCCUCCCUUCAUCACUAGGGUUUAAUGACAGGAACCUAGUUACCAAGAUUUACCGCCCAAAACCACUCCCUUUUCCCGGGAAAAAUAACUGCGAGAA